AAUGAUACACCUUCAAUAAGCCGAUUUUGAUCAAAUCUUUUUGAUGAGUAUAAAAUUGAUCAAUUUUUUUGAUUUCAAAAUAAGUCUUCUUUUUCUUUUAUCGGAACAAAAUUUCUUCCUUUUUAUCUCCCAAGAAACUCUCUCGAACUUCUUUUAUAUUCGUUUCUAAUAUCUUUCUUCAUUAAUAAUCGAAUACGAUGCAAAAAAUAUAUACUUAUAUCUACAUUUAUAUUCAUAUUUCUGAUGUUGCAUCUUUUUUUUUAUUUUUAUUUCUGGAAAUCAUUUACAAUCUCUUUACCUCCCUUCCGCAUCUCCAAAACGUCUAUUUGGUCUAUUAUUCUUUCCAAUGGGGUGGCCUUUGUGGUAUCAAUUCUUCUCUUUUUUGUAUUAGGAGAUGUCAUAUUCGCUUAGAUUCGUAGCAUGUAUAAUAAGUGGCUUUUAAACAAACCUGUGAAAAAGGGCAUUCAACCUAAAAUUGAUAUUUCAGAUGAUAAGCUCGUUUCUCGACCUCUAGUUAUAGAACGUUUUAAAAAAAUUCUUCAACCAGAUAAAGAUCACUCAUAUUAUCAUUUAGUCUGUAGUGAACACGGGACAGGGAAAAUCACAUUAGUCAGGAUCGCUUCAAAUGAGGUUGGGUGUGGCGUUUUAUAUGUUAAUAUCCCUGCAAAUUUAAGUGAAUUAGAUAAGGCUUUUGGAAAAGCAAUUAAUUUUGCAUAUGAGAGAAUUUCUGUUACUAGACAAUGGUUGCGUAAAAUCAAUUCAGAUGUUAUUGUUUACGACAAUGUUAGUCACUUGGUUCAUAAAAAUCCAGAAAUCCUGGACAUUCUCCAAGAUGACGCAAAACACAAUGCUGAUGAUCGAAAAUACAUCGCUGUAUUUGUCUGCAGUGAAGGAAGUGUACCUCAAAGGAUGGAAUCCCGCAGUGCCUGGUCACGUGCAAAAACACCUGUAAUGGAAAUUGGCGACCUUAGCGAGGAAGAAUCGAUGGAAUAUUUGAUUAAAAAUCACAAGAUCAAGGAAGUAUAUGCGAAAAAAUUAUUUGAUUUAGUUGGGGGUCAUAUCAUAGAGCUAAAAAUUGUGGCGGAUGACUUUUUGGCUGGGCAAAAAUUCGAAAUCAUUAAACAACAAGUUUUAGAUAAAGUUGAGAAGAAAUUUAAAUCUGCACAACUCCUUCCAAAUGAUCAAUAUUACGAAUUAGGAAAAAGUCUUAUAUGUGAUUUGUUGAAGUCAAAUGAGCUCAGCUUUUUAGAAUUUAAGAAUUAUUUUGAUAGGGCUGAGAAAUUAAAUGAAGUGUUGGACAGCAAUAUAUUUUCAUAUCAUCCUGAAAAGAAUAUUGUGACCUUCCAAUCUCAAUCAGUAAAAAGUUAUAUUCAAGAAAAAGCUAAUAUAUUCCACAUUUAUGAAAAUUUUAAAAUUAUAGAAAUUGAUUAGAAAUUUUCAAAAUGGC